AUGCACGACCCCGAGACUGACCCCGCUGCAGUAGGGGUUGCUUCCCCAUCAGGCAUCUCACUGUCUCAGGAUCGGUGGGGUUGCGGGGUUCCUCCCGCCCGCCGCCCCGCCCGGUCUGCGGCGCAGCGCCUCGGCAGCCUCGCCCGGCCCUGCCGCUGCCGAUGCCGCCGCAGGAACAAAGGCGCGCCGGCCCCGCCGCCCGCAGCUCCGAAAGGUCGGCGGGCGCGGCGGGGUCGAGCCGGGCGGGGCGGCCGGGCCCGGGAGACCCAGGGAGGCGCGGACGCGGCCCGCCGCUCACCUGCAGCCGCCCUGCGCCGCUGCGCUCAACCCGGCCUGCUGUGCCCUACUUUCCGCUCCGGAGCUAGACGUAAACAAUCCCCGCCCUCGCGGCCCGCCCCCUGCGCCGCAUUGGCCCCGCAGCGUGCGCGGCUCGGGGCUACGGCGGAGGGGCGGUCCUCGUGGCACACGCCUCUUGUUGAGAGGCUACUGGAUCUGUCAAUCCUGACCCGACGUCCCCAUUGGCCACAUCUCAAGCGGUCGGAGACAAGGCCCGCACGCCCAUUGGACGCGGGGCGAGGAAAAGAAGCGGCCUCACGCUGGGGCGUUGACACGGAAGUGGGUCCAGGUCCUGUACGUCGUCUGCGCCGGAACUUUCGUGAACCCCUCGUGCGAUCUGAUUGGCUGAGGGUAGCGCGAGUGGGCCUAUCAAGAGGAGUCGUGGUGGGGUCGCGCUGCCCAUUGGUCCGAAGGCACUUCACUCAGGCAGGGAGGCGGACUGUGCGAGGAGGAAGUGGCUGGAAGUCGUACGACCACCCGGGUGGGAUGGAAGCGGCAGGAGAUCUCAGGUCUGGUACCAUGAGCACAAAGCUCUUACAACGCUGCAUUCAUCCAUCGGAUUAUAAACGUAAUACUGGAGAAAAAAACCUGAAAAAGUUUGUUAUGAUAAGGGCAGACUUGCUACAAGAGCCUGGAAACCUGGCCGGCGUCCGGUACAUCAUCCUCGUUCUUUCGGGAAAGGGGGGUGUUGGGAAAAGCACCAUCUCCACGGAGCUGGCCCUGGCCCUGCGCCACGCGGGCAAGAAGGUGGGUAUCCUCGACGUGGACCUGUGUGGCCCCAGCAUCCCCCGCAUGCUCCAGGUGCAGGGCAAGGCUGUGCAUCAGUGCGACAGUGGCUGGGUGCCUGUCUUCGUGGACCAGGAGCAGAGCAUCUCCCUCAUGUCUGUGGGCUUCCUGCUAGAGAAGCCGGAUGAGGCAGUGGUGUGGAGAGGCCCCAAGAAGAACGCACUGAUAAAGCAGUUUGUGUCCGAUGUGGCCUGGGGGCAGCUGGACUACCUGGUUGUGGACACGCCCCCAGGGACCUCUGAUGAGCACAUGGCCGUGGUGGACACCCUGCGCCCCUACAGCCCCCUGGGGGCCCUCGUGGUCACCACGCCCCAGGCAGUGUCCGUGGGGGAUGUGAGGCGGGAGCUGACCUUCUGUAAGAAGGUGGGGUUGCGGGUGAUCGGGGUCGUGGAGAACAUGAGCGGCUUCGUCUGCCCACACUGCGCGGAGUGCACCAACGUCUUCUCCAGGGGAGGCGGCGAAGAGCUGGCCAGACACGCUGGAGUCCCCUUCCUGGGCUCUGUGCCCCUGGACCCCGAGCUCACGCGGAGCCUGGAGGAGGGCCGAGACUUCAUCCGGGGGUUCCCCGAGAGCCCCGCGUUUCCUGCGCUCUCUCGCAUAGCCCAGAAGAUUCUGAAUGAGGUGCCUGUUGGACUCUCCUGACCAAGGCAGUUUGAGUGUCUCCUCUGUGUGCUGUGGGGCUCAUGCUCACAGCCUGGAACAGAGGCGGUGGCACAGUUCCUGAAACCCGUGGCCCUGGGUUGCCGUCACCAUGUGCUCCUCUCCCCGUGGGCCUGCCCUGGACGUUUCUGGUGCUUCAGCAGCAUCUCAGCAUCAGAGCCACUGACAGUCAGUGGUUCCGCCUGGUCGGCCUGUGGCAGGGCCCGGGGAUAGCGUGAGGUCGCGAUGCCGUGGCCUGACCUCCCUGGUGGUGCAGCUCAGUACUCACAUGCCCCAGAUAGACGGGCUGCUCCCGACAGCCAAGUCUCCACGUUGUUCACAAAGCUUGUGUGUCUGGGAGCGCGCUGGGCCUAUAAUCCUGGUGAAAUAGGCAGCAGCACCCAGGAAGGUGUCAAACUUGUAAUUCAGAGGAGCCCAAAAUAAACCCGUCCCACCGCCGUGGUUACAGGUC